AUGUAACCUUCAGUGACUUAUUUUGAACUUUAGACUCUCAUUUUCUUGAUCAUUAUUGGAAUGAUCUUGAUUUCUUUGAAUUACUUUUAAGAUCCAAAACUAAAGGAAUCGAAAGUAAUUUAUAAUCAAUCAAUAGAAAGUUAAAAAUUUGGAAUCGGAUGAUCAUGAAUUAUGAAGGCAUUUAAUUAACGAUCGAUGAAGAAUAACUUUUAAAAUAAACAUUUAAGAACACUCUUAGAAAUCGUAAAGUAGCAAUCAGUCCUUCCAUUCCUAGAUAAAUAAAAACUACAAAAAGAGUCAGCUUUUAAAAUUUGGAUAACAUACUUUGA